UUGUAGUCUCAAUCGAACACAACACAACACAACACAAGAAUGUUUCUGACCAAGGGUCUCAUCUGUAUUGCCUUUUUGGCGCUGGCCAAUGCCCAGUUCGCCACCAACUAUGCCAGUGGACGCAACGGCAUGGUGCAUCUGUUCGAGUGGAAAUGGGAUGACAUUGCUGCCGAAUGCGAGAAUUUCCUAGGUCCCUAUGGCUAUGCUGGCGUGCAGGUGUCGCCCGUCAACGAGAAUGCCGUGAUCGGUGCCCGCCCCUGGUGGGAGCGUUACCAGCCCAUCUCCUACAAGCUGACCACUCGCUCCGGUAACGAGGCGCAGUUCGCUAGCAUGGUUAGCCGUUGCAAUGCCGUGGGUGUGCGCAUCUAUGUGGAUGUCGUCUUCAAUCACAUGUCUGCCGAUGGCAACAGCUACGGUACUGGCGGCAGCACUGCUGAUCCCAGCACCAAGAGCUUCCCCGGUGUGCCAUUCUCCUCCCUGGACUUCAACCCCACCUGUGCCAUCACCAACUACAAUGACCCCACCAAUGUGCGCAACUGUGAGCUCGUUGGUCUGCGCGAUUUGAACCAGGGCAACUCUUGGGUGCAGGACAAGAUCGUUGAUUUCCUUAACCAUUUGACUGAAUUGGGUGUUGCUGGUUUCCGUGUGGAUGCCGCCAAGCACAUGUGGCCCGGAGAUUUGGCUGUCAUCUACGGUCGUCUGAACAACUUGAACACUGCUCACGGUUUCAGCUCGGGUUCCAAGCCCUACAUCUUCCAGGAGGUCAUCGAUUUGGGCGGUGAGGCCAUCAGCAAGUCCGAGUACACCGGCAUGGGCGCCAUCACUGAGUUCCGUCACUCCGAUUCCAUUGGCAAGGUGUUCCGCGGCAAGGAUCAGCUCCGCUAUCUGACCAACUGGGGCACCGCCUGGGGCUUCGCUGCUUCCGAUCGCUCUCUGAUCUUUGUGGACAACCACGACAACCAGCGUGGACACGGUGCUGGCGGCGCUGAUGUGCUCACCUACAAGGUGGCCAAGCAAUACAAGAUGGCUUCCGCUUUCAUGUUGGCCCAUUCCUUCGGCACACCCCGUGUGAUGUCCUCCUUUGCCUUCGAUGACACCGACCAGGGACCACCAACCACCGAUGGCCACAACAUUGCCUCUCCCGUCUUCAACAGCGACUUGUCUUGCAGCGGUGGAUGGGUCUGCGAGCACCGUUGGCGCCAGAUCUACAACAUGGUUGCCUUCCGUAAUGCCGUCGGCGAUGACCAGGUCUCCAACUGGUGGGACAACGGCAGCAACCAGAUCUCCUUCAGCCGUGGCAGCCGCGGUUUCGUUGCCUUCAACAACGAUAACUACGAUCUGAACAGCUCUCUGCAAACUGGCCUGCCCGCUGGUAGCUACUGCGAUGUCAUUUCCGGCCUGAAGAGCGGCUCCAGCUGCACUGGUAAGACCAUUGUCGUUGGCUCCGAUGGACGUGCCAACAUCAACAUUGCCAGCAAUGCUGACGAUGGUGUCGUUGCCAUCCAUGUCAAUGCCAAAUUGUAAGCGCUGUGCUUUGUGCUGUGUAAAGAACACAAUGAGAUUGAGAUUACAUUGAGAUUAUAUACAAAUAUACAAUACAUAUACGAACAUAAAAGAA